UUGUGAUGUAAGAAAAAUAAAAUAUUCGCAAUAAUUUUAAAAAAAUGUUAGCACAAUAAUUUACUCCAAAAAAACGAUGCUAUUAAACCAGGUAAAUAGGCUUGUUACCAAGCGUUCCUUAAUAAACCAAUUUUUCCGACAUACACAUUCGAAAACAUCGGAAGUUCUUUACCCAUUGGAAAGUAGGAGAAUAAUACAAAUUUCAGGAAAAGAUGCCGCUGUAUUCUUACAAGGUCUUAUCACAAACGACAUGCGGCACUUUGAUGAAGGCGCCCAGUCCAUAUAUACCAUGUUUUUAAACAACAAGGGCAGGGUCUUGUACGACACACUGAUACACAAAUGGGAUGCAGAGGAUUCAUUUCUGAUCGAAUGUGACAAAAAUAUUACUAGUUUAUUGCAAAAACAUUUAAAGAUGUUCAAACUGAAAAGACGUGUUGAUAUUCAAGAUAUGAGCCAAGUCAAGUUAUGGUCAUUAUUACCUCAAACAAAUGAAACAUUUGAUAGAAAUCUUGAUCUCAAAACAGGGGUAAAAUUGUACAAAGAUCCCAGGAUAGCAGACUUAGGCUACAGAGUUUUAACACCUUCAUCAUUGAAGGGCAUUGAAGUAGCAGAGAGAAUUGGAGAGAAUGUUAAAGUAGAAGGAAAUGAAGAUGGCUAUAAAUACCUGAGAUAUAAACUUGGUGUGAGCGAGGGAGCAGAAGACCUUGUUCCUGCAACCUGUUUUCCUCUAGAAGUGAACUGUGACUAUCUACAUGGAGUGAGUUUUCAUAAAGGCUGCUAUAUUGGACAAGAGUUAACAGCACGGGUUCACCAUACAGGAGUUGUAAGGAAGAGAAUCAUGCCUAUUAAAUUUCAAGAACAUGUUAAUGAGCAUCUCGAUAAAGAUGCUGAGAUCUCAGUAAGCAACAAGCCUAAAGCCAAAGUAGGAAAAUUGAAAAGUUAUCUCCGAGACUAUGGUUUAGGAUUGGUUAGGAUAAAGGACGCUGUUGAAGCGAAUGGUCUGUGUAUUGGCAAUUGUACAGGAGAAGUUAUGAAGCCAUCCUGGUGGCCAGUUGAAGCACCCAAAGAGAAAUUAAAUUUGAACAAAGAAUAGAUAAUUGGAUUACUGAAAACUAUUAUCAAAUUCUUUAACUUAUUAUCUACCUACUCAUUAUGAAAAUGGCAGAGAAAUCUAAAGAGCCAGAACAAAUAGUUUAUAGUUUUCAAUGUACUGCUUGCAAUAUGACAGAGAAAGCAAGCUACAAGGGAACACAUCCACCUUUUUCUCGCAACAUGGAGCUAAAAUAUCCAAGUU